AUGUGUUUCACAUUUCUGCCUGGUUGUUUUGGUGCAAUCAAUACCUCCCCAAGAUACAUUGAUUUAGAUGGCGAUUAUAACACAGUCAUGCACACGGCGUGCUGCCUUCGGGUUGCAUGCAAAGUGAGCACAAAUCACCGAGUCCUCCGCUCCUGUAAACCGGGGGUUUCUGUUCCCCACAAACUUCAGGAUGAAGGCAAAGGGCGAUGUCCUCAACCCACCAAAGAGAAACCGGCCUCGGGGUGUGGAGUGAUCAAUGGCCAAAGAGCUGACAAAACUGUCAUCAGGCAGUCGGAUCGACUGGGGAUCCGUGAAGAAAUAAUGGUUGGAAGAAAGGUGGAUCGAGAAAUUAUUGCACGAAGGAAUAGCUGGAGAGACCGGAUGAUGAUAAAGUUAAACUUCUGUUUCUUCUUCUGUCGCGGAUGGUGGGCGUUUCUGUUGAUUCAGCUCCACAUGUUGCAAGCACUGGCACAAGAUGACGUUGCACCAUACUUCAAGACUGAGCCUGGUUUGCCCCAGAUCCAUCUAGAGGGGAACCGUCUUGUACUCACGUGCCUUGCGGAAGGCAGCUGGCCCUUGGAAUUUAAGUGGUUACACAAUGACACUGAAAUCACUUCCUACUCCACUGAAUAUAAAUACAUUAUCCCAACCUUGCAGAGGUCUCAUGCUGGGUUUUAUCAAUGUGUGGUGCGGAACAGGAUGGGGGCGCUCUUACAAAGGAAAUCUGAAGUUCAAGUGGCAUAUAUGGGAAAUUUCAUGGACACAGACCAGAGAAAAACAGCGUCACAAGGACAAGCUGCAGUUCUAGAAUUCCUGUACAUCAUCAGCUAUCCCAGACCACAAGUGACUUGGUUUAGAGAUGGCCACAAGAUUAUUCCAAGCAGUAGAAUAGCGAUAACACUGGAGAAUCAGUUGGUGAUCCUUGCAGCAGAAGCAACAGAUGCUGGAGGUUACUAUGUCCAAGCCGUCAAUGAAAAAAAUGGAGAGAACAAGACGAGUCCAUUUCUUUAUCUGAGUGUAGCGAAUGCCAACAAUGUGUCUGACACCACAGCUCCUAUCAUUGUAGUCCCUCCGCGCAACACCAGUGUGGUAGCAGGGAGCAGUGAAAUCACACUGGAAUGUGUGGCCAAUGCAAGACCUGUUGAGAAACUGAGCAUGACCUGGAAGAGAAAUGGAAUAAAAAUAAGCAGUGGGGUUAACAGUUUUGGGAGACGUCUUACUAUCACCAACCCAACCACUGCUGACAUUGGGAUGUACUUUUGUGAGGCAGAGUUGAAAGACAGCACUGUUGAGCCGGCAAGAGCAAAGGCCUUCCUCUCUAUAAUGGAGCCACCCUAUUUCACUGCUGAGCCUGAGAGUCGAAUUUUGGCCGAUGUGGAGAAAACAGUGGACCUCUUAUGUCAGGCAAUGGGAGUUCCCGUUCCCACUCUAGCCUGGUAUAAGGACUCUGUUCCUAUCAACAAGCUACAGAAUCCUCGUUACAAAGUGCUAACGAAUGGGGGGCUGCAGAUCCAGGGACUGCAUCCUGAUGACUCCGGAAUCUUUCAGUGUUUUGCCAAUAAUAAAGCUGGAGAAAUACAGACCCACACCUACCUGGAUGUAACCAAUAUUACACCAACAUUUACCCGACCUCCAAUGGACAUUACUGUUACAGAAGGGAUGACUGCAGUAUUAAGCUGUGAGGUUACUGGGGCUCCAAAACCUGCCAUCACAUGGAAAAGAGGGAACCAGAUCUUAGCCAGUGGCUCUGUUCAGAUUCCCAGGUUCAUUCUUCUUGAAUCUGGUGGGCUCCAGAUUACUCCCGUCUUCCUCCAGGAUGCUGGCAAUUAUACCUGCUAUGCAGUCAACUCUGAAGGAGCCCUGAACGCUUUCGCUAUCCUGACUGUCUGGAAUCGCACUUUUAUUGUUCACCCUCCUGAAGACAGCACUGUUAUUAAGGGAACCACAGCCACUCUACAAUGUGAAGCAACUCAUGACCCUAGAAUUUCAAUCAGGUAUGUUUGGAAGAAGGACAGCAUUGUAAUAAACCCAUCUAGCAGUUCCAGAGUUACAGUAGAGAAAGGUGGUACCCUCCUUAUUAGCCAGACCUGGUCAGGUGACAUUGGAGACUACACCUGUGAGGUUAUUUCUUUCGGAGGAAAUGAUUCGAGAAAGGCUCGACUAGAAGUGAUAGAGCUGCCUCACUCCCCUCAGAAUCUUCUGGCCAUCCUAAAUUCUUCAUACAGCCGCAGCGUGAUGCUUUCCUGGGUGCGUCCCUUUGAUGGAAACAGCCCUGUUCUCUACUAUAUAGUAGAGUUGUCUGAGAACAACUCUCCCUGGAAAGUGCAUCUAUCAAAUGUUAACCCUAAGAUGACCAGUAUCACUGUGAGUGGAUUAACUCCAGCCCGUACCUACCAAUUUAGGGUGUGUGCUGUUAACCAGGUGGGCAAGGGCCAGUAUAGCACUGAGACCAGCAGAUUGAUGUUACCUGAAGAACCUCCCAGCGCUCCUCCUAAAAACAUAGUAGCGAGUGGACGUACCAAUCAGUCUAUCAUGGUUCAGUGGCAGCCUCCGCCUGAAAGUGAACAUAAUGGGGUUCUCCAUGGGUACAUCCUAAGGUAUCGCCUGGCAGGCCUCCCUGGGGAGUAUCACUAUAAGAACAUCACCAGUGCAGAGAUUAACUACUGUUUGGUGAAAGACCUGAUCAUCUGGACUCAGUAUGAAAUCCAGGUGGCAUCUUAUAAUGGAGCCGGGCUGGGAGCAUUCAGCAGAGCAGUGACAGAGUACACUUUACAGGGAGUGCCUACAGCUCCACCACAAAAUGUGCAAACUGAAGCUGUGAACUCCACGACCAUCCAGUUCCUAUGGAAUCCUCCACCACAGCAAUUUAUCAAUGGUAUCAAUCAGGGAUACAAGCUCCUGGCAUGGCCAGUGGCUGCACCGGAGUCUGUGACUGUGGUCACCAUUGCUCCUGAUUUUCAUGGAGUUCACAGUGGCUGCAUUACCAACUUGAAGAAAUUCACUGCUUAUUACACAUCAGUUCUAUGUUUCACCACACCAGGGGAUGGACCACAAAGCCCACCAGAGCUGCUGUGCACUCAUGAAGAUAAGCCAGGAGCUGUGGGACACCUGAGUUUCACUGAGAUUCUGGACACGUCUCUCAAGGUCAGCUGGCAGGAACCUGUAGAGAAAAAUGGCAUAAUUACAGGCUACCAGAUCUCCUGGGAGGUGUACAGCAGGAAUGAAUCUCGUCUGGCUCGCACUCUAGCCAACACAACCCUUGAAUACAAAAUCACUGGGCUGUCGUCUCUCACCACCUACACUAUUGAGGUGGCAGCUAUGACUGCAAAAGGCACUGGGUUGGUCACCUCCUCUACCAUUUCCUCUGGAGUGCCCCCAGAACUCCCCGGUGCCCCAUCUAAUCUGGUUAUUUCUAACAUCAGUCCUCGCUCUGCCACGCUUCAGUUCCGGCCCGGGUAUGAUGGGAAAACCUCCAUCUCCAAGUGGAUAGUAGAGGGGCAGGUUGGUGUUCUAGGAGAGGAGGAGGAGUGGGUGAGUCUAUAUGAGGUGGAGAAUGAACCUGAUGCCCAGAUGCUGGAGAUACCAAACCUCAUUCCAUACACUCAUUACAGAUUCCGGAUGAGACAGGUGAAUAUUGUCGGCCAAAGCCCACUCAGCCAACCAUCUCGUGUCAUCCAGACACUGCAGGCACCACCAGAUGUUGCACCAGGGAGCGUUACCGUGCGCACUGCCAGUGAAACUAGCUUGUGGAUCCGAUGGAUGCCUCUCCUGGAUGCUCAAUAUAAUGGCAACCCAGAGUCGGUGGGUUACAGGAUAAAAUUGUGGCGUGUGGAUCUGCAGUCUCCAGUGCUCAUGAAGGUUAUCAGUGACCGGCUGGAGAGGGAAUAUACUGUUGAGGAUCUGGAGGAGUGGGUAGAAUAUGAACUGCAGAUUCAGGCCUUCAAUGCCAUCGGGACAGGACCAUGGAGUGAAGUGGUGAGAAGUUGCACACGGGAGUCUGUUCCUUCUGCUCCCCCUGAGAAUGUGUCAGCUGAAGCAGUAAGCUCCACUCAGAUCCUACUGACAUGGACAUCAGUACCUGAACCAGAGCAAAAUGGACUUAUCCUGGGCUACAAGAUUCUGUUUAAAGCAAAAGAUUUGGACUCUGAACCAAAGACCCAAAUAGUGAGAGGUAACCACACCCAGAGUGUCCUGCUGGCCAGCUUGAGGAAAUAUGUUCUUUAUGAGAUUCAGGUGCUGGCGUUCACACGUAUUGGAGAUGGGGUCCCUAACUUCCCUCCAGUCAUAGAGAGAACCAAGGAUGAUGCCCCAGGACCUCCUGUGAGGUUGGUGUUCCCUGAAGUGAGACUGACAUCAGUACGAAUUGUGUGGCAACCACCAGAGGAACCCAAUGGAAUUAUUCUGGGAUAUCAAAUUGCAUACCGCCUGGCAACCAGCAGCCCUAACAAGUUCACCACAGUGGAAGUUGGCUCAACAGUCAGACAGUUCACAGCUACCGAUCUCAGCCCUGAGUCUGCAUACAUCUUCCGGACAUCUGCCAAGACCAGACAGGGCUGGGGAGAGCCUUUGGAAGCCACAGUAAUCACUACAGAAAAGAGGGAGCGGCCAGCGCCUCCCAGAGAGCUGAGGAUACCCCAGUCUGAGGUGUCAUCACAGAGCCUGCAGUUACAAUGGGUUCCUGGUAGUGAUGGAUCUUCACCAAUACGGUACUUCACUGUGCAAGUGCGGGAGCUACCAAAUGAAGAAUGGAAAACCUAUUCCUCUUCCAUCAGUCAUGAGGCAACGUCCUGUGUUAUUGAGAGGCUGAACCCAUUUACCUCUUAUAAGCUGCGUCUGAAAGCAACCAAUGAUAUUGGAGAUAGUGACUUCAGUGCUGAGACAGAAGCAGUCACUACUCUGCAGGAUGUUCCAGGUGAACCUCCACAUUCUGUGUCAGUAACUCCCCACACUACCUCCUCUGUCCUCGUUCAGUGGCAGCCACCAAAGGUUGAGAGUCUGAAUGGCUUGCUGUUGGGGUAUCGGAUUUAUUACCGGGAGCUGGAGUAUGAAACUGGGCCUGGAACAGAGUCCAAGACUAUUAAAAUCCCUUCAGCUUUACGAGCUGAACUUACACCCCAAAGCAGCUUCCAGACAGUGAAUAGCCCCUCUGCAUUAACGACGUAUGAAUUAACACAGCUGAAGAAAUACAAGAGAUAUGAAGUUGUAAUAACAGCAUAUAACAUCAUUGGGGAGAGCCCUACCAGCACACCUGUGGAAGUGUUUGUUGGUGAAGCAGCACCAGCAAUGGCCCCACAGAACAUCCAAGUAAACGUCCUUACUGCGAGCCAGCUAGAGAUCACCUGGGACCCACCUCCUGUCGACAGCCAAAAUGGGAACAUACAAGGCUACAAGAUUUAUUACUGGGAGAUGGACAUCCAGAAUGACACUGAGAAAGUGAAGGUCCUUUUCCUCCCAGAGACAACAGUUCGGCUGAAAAAUCUGACCAGCCACACCAAAUACAUGGUCUGCAUAUCUGCCUUCAAUGCCGCAGGGGAUGGACCAAGAAGCAGCCCCAGGCAGGGCAGGACACACCAGGCUGCUCCCAGCGCUCCUAGCUUCCUGGCAUUCUCAGAAAUCACUUGCACUACACUCAAUGUGUCUUGGGGAGAGCCGACGGCAGCCAAUGGAAUCCUGCAGGGUUAUCGAGUGGUGUAUGAGCCCUUGGCACCAGUCCAGGGGGUGAGUAAGGUGGUGACUGUGGACAUAAAAGGAAAUUGGCAGCGCUGGUUAAAGGUCCGAGAUCUCACCAAGGGGGUGACCUACCUAUUCAGAGUGCAAGCCAGAACCAUCACCUAUGGACCGGAGCUACAAGCCAACAUCACAGCUGGGCCAGCAGAGGGGUCUCCUGGCUCCCCUCAAGAAAUUCUGGCUACAAAAUCUGCUUCUGGGCUAACUCUGCAGUGGACUGAGGGAGAUUCAGGGGACAAACCCACAACUGGCUACAUCAUAGAGGCACGGCCAUCAGAUGAAGGACUGUGGGAUACAUUUGUGAAGGACAUCCCCCGCAGUGCUACCUCCUACACAGUCGGCCUGGACAAGCUAAAACAGGGGGUGAGCUAUGAAUUUCGAGUGGUUGCAGUAAAUGAGUUUGGCUAUGGAGAACCAAGCAUCCCAUCUGCAGCAGUAUCAGCCCAAAUGGAAACCCCUUUCUACGAAGAGUGGUGGUUCCUGCUAGUGAUGGCUCUGUCUUGUCUCAUCCUCAUCCUGUUAGUGGUGUUUGCGUUGGUCCUGCAUGGCCAGAGCAAGAAAUACAAGAACUGCAGCACAGGUAAAAACAUCUCGAAUGUGGAAGAGUCGGUCACACUGGAUAACGGAGGCUUCACAGCCCUGGAGCUCAACAGCCGACAUCUCAACGUAAAGAGCACUUUUUCCAAGAAGAAUGGGACGAGGUCCCCUCCUCGCCCAAGCCCUGGUGGGCUGCACUACUCAGAUGAGGAUAUCUGCAACAAGUACAAUGGAGCAGUGCUGACUGAGAGUGUGGCCCUGAAUGAGAAGCCUUUGGAAGUGUCAGAAUCAGAGGCCACUGACUCGGAUUACGAAGAUGAGUUGCCAAAGCACUCUUUUGUGAACCAUUAUAUGAGUGACGCCACAUACUACAAUUCUUGGAAGCGUCAGCAGAAGGGUGUGAAGCACCCAACGCCCUACAGAUAUGAAGAGUGCGCGGCGAGUGAGACAGAACCCUAUUUCCAGACUGUCAUCACAACGCAGAGCACAGGUGGGGUGUACACCCCAACAGGACAGCCUGCUUCCGGCUCACGGACUCCAGUGACAGGGUUCUCCUCCUUUGUCUGA